AUGAUGGUGCACAAAAAAAAAGAGAACUCGCACAACUGUGUGAUUUAUAUCACAACAGAAAACGGGACGAAUGGAAGUUCUAGCCAGCAUCAACGAAUAAGAAAGCGCUACUCUACUCCAAAAGUGAUUUUGCUGCUCGAUUCGACGUUGACAGCCUCGUCACAAUUGCAAUGGAUGCGGAAGCCAACCAACUCGGUUACAAUACGCCAGAGUGCUGGAGGCUUGUGUGCCAAUCACUUGGCUGGCUCAUUUGUGGAGCAUGCCGAAGACUGUCGAUUGUUUUAUCUGUGCAUGGAGCGUGGUGAUGCUGUUCUGGCCUCCUGCCCGUCAACGAUGCUGUUCAACGCGGACAAUAAAAUUUGCGAUGCGCCAGAGAAUGUGAGAUGCACGAAUAGCAGCAGCAACACUGGUAGUGGCGGCACUAGCAAUCCGCCGCCCAGUGCCAGCGACAAUGACUUAAACAACAUGGUCACGGAUGCCGCCACUUAUUGUGCCACGUUAACGCCUCAGCCGGAAAACGAUCGCAUUGUUUAUAUAGGCAGCUCGACCAGCUGUAAUAAUUACUACAUUUGUUAUUAUGGACAGGCCAUUCCGCAGACAUGCAGCGCGGAGUUGCACUGGAAUGCAGUGACGGCCAAAUGCGAUUUGCCGGAGAGAGCACAAUGCACACUGGAAACUCCGCCAAAUACGCCGCCAGCGGAUAGUACAAAUAUCUCCAAUGAACUAAUCCACUGCCCACCCCAUGGACAGCAUUUGUAUCCACAUAUGCGGCGCUGUGAGUUCUUCAUUUAUUGCGUUAAGGGCUACGCCACCUUGCAACAGUGCCCCUUUUAUUACUAUUUUGAUGUUUUUACCAAAAGCUGUCAAUGGUCUCGUACGGCAAUCUGUGCGAGGGAUUUAAAUUUCGCGCGUCAUUAGUAAUAAGUUUGUCUAUCGACUUCGAUUGUUUGUUAAAUUCCCAUAGAGUGACCGUAUCGGUAUUAGAUAAUCGAUAUUAAAUAUCAUAUGUAAAUCGAUACAUCGAUGAUUAUGUGUCAUGAUGUCAUGCGAUAGAAUACCUAAUCAACAAAUCAUACGGUCACACACACAUAGGCCCUGGCCACUGUUUACACGAAUUUUGUUAAUAAAAAUAUUUCAUACUUUAAUUGCGAGCAGGGCAACUAAAUAAUAAGUGAACCAAAAUUAGCUAUAGCGAGACAUAUAGCGCAAAUAUGACCAUAGAAAUACAGAGCACACAAGUUUUACUACAAAUAACGAAGUAAACAACAACGGAACAAAUCUUUUUUUUUUCUAAUAAA